AUGAUUGGGCAACUUCCAAAAGACUUCAAAAGCAUCAAAAUCCUUAAUACUCUUCAAGAUCAUGUACGAGGUCAGCAAACACAAAAACAUGAUCAUAAUCUUGUACCUGCACUAUCAUUAUCAUCAAUAAAUAUAAAUGGUAAGAAAUCAAAGGAAUCAACCGCAAGAGCAAGUAGCAAAAGUUGGAGGAGCAAAUGUCAAAGAUACAUCGGUAAGUACGAUGUUGAUUGGGUAAAAGAUAAAAGUGGAGCUCUCAUGAUAGUGGCUGCUGUUAUAGCAACAAUAACAUUCCAAACUGCAGUUAACCCGCCUGGUGGUGUCUGGCAUCAAGAUAUCAACACCACCGUUUUCGGCCCUUAUUGCGGCAACGGCGGAGCAGAUACUUGUGUUGUUGGAACUGCAGUGUUAGCCCAUAUCUGGGAAGACGAUUAUAUGUUAUUUAUGGCAUGUAAGAGCAUCGCUUUCCUAGCAUCGCUCAGCAUAAUCUUUUUGCUUCUCACCGGAUUCCCAGUCAAGUACAGACCUCUUAUGUGGCUUUUGAAUUUUGCCCUUUGCCGCCGAUCUGACCUUUAUGUCACUUACCUUCAUGCAAUAUUGUACUUGGUCUCACCUUUCUCUAUUGAUCAUAGGAAGUUGCGAGGCAAGUUCAAAUCUUGUCGAUGGACAUGGAUUAUGACCAAACGUACUACUUCUGGACGUCAGAAACAGUAUGUUCCUAAUACUGCUACUCCUCAAAGGCAUCCAGUCUCAGCUCUACGUCCUACUCCUUAUGUGUCAUCAAGUCAGGAUAUUUACAAGGCCAGCUUAAGGCAUAGGUCACUAAAGCCUAUGCCUAGUGGGGCCCAAAAAUAA